AUGUUACCUCUUGACGAAGAGAUACAACACACUGAAACCUUGAGAACCACCGGGGAAGAACUGAGCGCUGUCCAGGUGCAAGCCGUGGACCAGGCAGUUGACAAAAUGACCGCCGCCGAUAGAAACCUGAUUGCACGAUGCAGUCAGAAGCUGCGGGAACAAGCUUGGGCCCAUGAGCAAUCCGCAGAUCCUAGAGACGGCCCCUCUAAGGAUAAAGGCAAAGGGGUGGACCCUCGUAAUUGGGGGAACCUCGAAUUCUCCGAUAGUGAGGAAAUGAACCCUGCAGCGCAAGCACAGGUGUUUGAAAAUUGGAAAAAACUGCAGCGUGAACAACGUGAGCAACGAGCCCGGCUUGACCAUCACCAAAGUCGAAGGAACCCACAUGUGGAGGAACCGCUUCCAGUAGGAGCACCACCUGUCCAAAAUGUAAAUGAGGACAUCCUGCGUGAGCUGAAGGCUCUUCGAGCUGAAACAGCGGAAUUGAGGAACACCCAGGAGUCUAAACAACCCAAACGUAAACAUGCCAGGAUCCAACUGCCUCAGGCAGAUCCCAUAUCAGUGUCCCAAGGAGUCGCCUCUGAACGACAGCGACGUGACCCCACCAAAAACCAUGCCACAUAUCUGCACCCUAGCCAACAGCUUCCCCCCGACAGUUACUUAGGGAGGGCCCUAGGGCCAUUACCUCGAACUUGUCCCGUAAUCCCAGAUGGAAGCGACGAUCCCAAAUCUUCAUCGGAAGAUGACGGUUACAAUCCAUCGUCCAGUGAAUCAGGCGAAUCCUUGGAGAGCUCCAAUACCUAUCGAUCAUGA